AUGUACGCCCUCCUCCUGUCAAGCAUCAUCACCCUCAUCAGUCUCACCCACGCGGUUCCAAAACCCGACACCAUCGCUACAGCAUGCUCUAACUCAGACACAACCUUCUGGCCUAGCACUUCAUCCGCCGCGCUGCCCUCUGCCAACGCAAAUGAUUGUUCGCCUGGCGGUCUAUGCGAUUGCUCUCGCAUAGCUGACAAGAAUAGCGAUGCAUACUUUCAGUGCGUUACGAAUCCCAACUGUGAGCGCUGCUGGGUGAGCAGAUCUACCACCAGCACGAAAUCGGUUGUUCCUGUGGUGAAUGUGACGAGACUUGCUGUCACGGACUAUCACACCAUGGCGCCUGGGACAUAUACCAUCACUACGAAUGGGACGGUUCUGAAUAUUGUGGUGACGCAGCAAGUUGUCACGCCGACUUCUUCUACGCAGGUGUUUGUGACUAUGACGCAGACGGUUGUUGUUACGGUGCAGUCAGCAAAAGUGUCAUCCGAAGCAAAAACUGUCGGUGUUGACUGCGGAGGACGGUGCGAUUGCUCCAAGAUUGAGAACAAAGAGAGUAAAGAGUUCUUUGAGUGUCUUACCAAUCCUGAGUGCGAGAAAUGCCGUUCUACAAAUGCAGCGGCAUUAGCUUCAGAGACGUUCGUGUCGAACAGCACGUUGGUGACCACGACCAAGACUUCAUCUGCUACGAUGCCAACGGGGUGUCCUGGCUUUUGCGACUGUUCCAGCAUCGUGAAUAAAGAAAGCGAAGAUCUGUGA